AGUAGGGGCCUGGUCUCGUGUGGCGGGAGGAGGAGCAGGGUUGCGGCGGACGGUCUGGCAGGGCCUGGCUAAGGGGGAAUGAAGCCUCCUCCUCCUCCAGCAGAAGGCCUUAAAUACGGGCCCACGACUCUGGGUGCGGUGAGAGGCGAUCUGGCGGAGCUGCGGCAUUGCACCCCGGAGGGAGGAGUUGUUGGAGCCGUCGGGAUAGGAGCGGAAGCUACGAAUACAAUCAUGUUUGAAGUUAAGAAGAUCUGUUGCAUCGGUGCGGGUUAUGUUGGAGGACCCACAUGUAGUGUCAUAGCUCAGAUGUGCCCUGAAAUCAAGGUAACGGUUGUUGAUGUCAAUGAAUCAAGAAUCAAUGCAUGGAACUCUCCUACACUUCCUAUUUAUGAGCCAGGACUAAAAGAAGUGGUAGAAGCCUGUCGAGGAAAAAAUCUCUUUUUUUCUACCAAUAUCGAUGAUGCCAUUAAAGAAGCUGAUCUUGUAUUUAUUUCUGUGAACACUCCAACAAAAACCUAUGGAAUGGGGAAAGGCCGUGCAGCAGAUCUGAAGUAUAUUGAAGCUUGUGCUAGACGCAUUGUACAAAACUCGCAUGGCUACAAAAUUGUGACUGAGAAAAGCACAGUUCCCGUGAGGGCAGCAGAAAGUAUUCGUCAAAUAUUUGAUGCAAACACAAAACCCAACUUGAAUUUACAGGUUCUGUCCAACCCUGAGUUCUUGGCAGAAGGAACAGCCAUCAAGGACUUGAAGAACCCAGACAGAGUACUGAUCGGAGGGGAUGAGACACCAGAGGGCCAGACAGCUGUGCAGGCGCUGUGUGCUGUGUAUGAGCACUGGGUGCCCAAAGCAAAGAUCCUCACCACUAAUACUUGGUCUUCAGAGCUUUCCAAACUGGCAGCAAAUGCUUUUCUUGCCCAGAGAAUCAGCAGCAUUAACUCUAUAAGUGCCCUCUGUGAAGCAACAGGAGCUGAUGUGGAAGAGGUGGCAACGGCCAUUGGAAUGGACCAGAGGAUUGGAAAUAAGUUUCUGAAAGCCAGCGUUGGUUUUGGUGGGAGCUGCUUUCAAAAAGAUGUUCUGAACUUGGUUUAUCUCUGUGAAGCUCUGAAUUUGCCUGAAGUAGCUCAUUAUUGGCAGCAGGUCAUAGACAUAAAUGACUACCAGAGGAGGAGGUUUGCUUCCCGGAUCAUAGACGGUCUGUUUAAUACAGUGACUGAUAAGAAGAUAGCUAUUUUGGGGUUUGCAUUCAAAAAGGACACUGGUGAUACGAGGGAAUCUUCUAGUAUAUAUAUUAGCAAAUAUUUGAUGGAUGAAGGUGCACACCUCCAUAUUUAUGAUCCAAAAGUCCCAAGGGAACAAAUAGUGGUGGAUCUGUCUCAUCCAGGAGUUUCAGAGGAUGACCAAGUGUCCCGACUUGUGACCAUUUCUAAGGAUCCAUAUGAGGCAUGUGAUGGUGCCCAUGCUGUGGUUAUUUGCACUGAGUGGGACAUGUUUAAGGAAUUAGAUUAUGAACGUAUUCACAAAAAAAUGCUGAAGCCAGCCUUUAUCUUUGAUGGACGGCGUGUCCUGGAUGGGCUCCACAACGAAUUACAAGCCAUUGGCUUCCAGAUUGAAACAAUUGGAAAAAAGGUGUCUUCAAAGAGAAUUCCAUAUGCUCCUUCUAGUGAAAUUCCGAAGUUUAGUCUUCAGGAUCCACCUAACAAGAAACCCAAAGUAUAAACAUGUCAUUUUUAUUUUUAAUUUUUUUUGGUACUUAAGGAUAGCAAAUAUCUAUUUGCUAUAUAGUGUUAAAUGAACCAAGUUUUUAAGGAAACAAAACUAUUUUUUUAAUCAAUUUAUAUUAGCUCUGUGGGAAUCAGCAUACUUAGUAAUUAUGAAUCUAUAAUAUUUUUUACAUAUUUUUAUAAUACUGUUACCUCAGUGGAUGGAUGAGUGGCAAAUAAUCAUGUUGAUUUUAAUGGUGUCGAUUUUUGUAAAACAAAAACUUCAAACACUUUUUACUUUACAAAAUAUGUAUCUAUAGGCUGCACUUUAAUAUCACAUUAUAAAGGGAAAGGUACUCUAGUUUUUCUGAUCAUCGGUUUUAUUACUUGUCAUUAAAUAUGUAUUUUAAAUCAUCACAUUGCUUGCUAAAUACUGGGCAAACCCUGUUACCCUUUCAGGAAGUGUCACAGAGAUUUAGAGGUUCCUGGCUUCAUUGGGUGAGGAGUCUUCCAGACCAUUUCUUGUCUCCUUGAACGUAGGAGGAGGAUGCAAUGGACAGAAUGGGGCCUUUUGUGCUUUUUCUUUUUUCUUAAUGCUUCUCAUCUUUUUCCCUCUGUUUCUAUGUUAGAAAUAACCUUUUUGUUUUAAUAAGCUGUGUCACUGAUUUUUUAGCUUAAAAAGGUCAUCACUAAUUCAUUUCCAAUCAAUUCAAAUAAGAUUAAAAGGCAGUUUUUUUUUCUUAAACAUGGAGAGAACAUCAGUCCUAGGGUCCAUUUCAUUUCACUUCUCAAGAGUUUUUCCUCAUUGGUCUUUUUUUUUUUUAAAUUUAGUCCAAGAGCCAAAAAUAUUUGUUAACUUGACUUUGUUUUUUUAUCAUUUGUUGUAGGUUUCCUCCUUUUUCUUUAAAUAAGAAAACCAAUAUAAUCUCAUAAACUUAAAGACAUAGAUUUUAUAAAUCAUGUAUAAUUCUAAGAGAAGAAUUUUUGUAUGUGUUUCAGUCUGCUUUUUUCUUGUGCAUGUUGUUGACAUAUUUGUUUUGUUUUAUUAUUAUUAUUAUUGAAAUGUGUCUGAUAUCCAUGAUGCUUAUGCUCUGCUAAGAGUAUAUAGACUGAGUUAAACAGAUAUGGACCUUAUCCUUUAGGAAUUAAUGUGGUUCAGUUAGAACACAGAAACAAAUAUAAAGAUAAGGACAGAAACAUCUGUACAGAUAUCAAAUACAUCAAUAAAAUAUU